AGAGCCGCUAAAUUCUGAGAGAAAUAGAUGUUUAUUUAAUAAACAGAACUGGCCAACUGCAAAUAUACAAUCAAUUAUAUACGUGCAGGAAAAAUACAAGCAAUUAAGCAUUAUAUUCAAUGAACGUGCGCACAUGCUGCAAUCGAUAACGGCUUGAGGGGGAAAAAAGAACCAGCUGGUUCUCUUCUCUUCCAACUUCCACUUUUUUCUGUUUUUUCGAUUUCGGAGACAAAAUGUGCGACAGGAUGACAACGGCACAUAUGUCCGCAGAUGCGCGCCAUGCACUCAUUGCCGAUCAUCUGCAGAAACUGAUCAAGAGCGUGACAGGCCCCAACGUCACUCCAAGGCAGCAGCGAAAUCUGGAGCAGAUGGCCAGGAAACAUAUACGCCACACUAACUUCCUACUCACGAGUAGUCAUGAAGUGACGCAGACGCUCAACGCUGUGGUGAAGCGUUUCCAGGAGGAAAACAUGGCACCCUUUGGGCAAGCCAUUAAGGAGCUGAGCACAAAACUGGUCGAAGAUCCCGUCUGGCAGGAUCACCCCCAGACGGACGUACAGUGGUCUCUGCUCGACUUUAUGCUUAGCAUGACCAACGCGCCGAUACAAAAUGUGCGCCGGAACCGCCAGCAGAUGGAUCAGUGCCGCCUCUCGGCACUGGCCGCUGUUGAGGCGGCCUCCACCUCCAAGGCCGUCGCACCCAACAUCUCUGAGGCGGACACCGACUGGGUGAGCCUGCUCAGCGAGGAUUUUCUGGAGAAUCCAACGCCUGUCGACAGCUCGGACACUGAGGAGGAACCGUCCGAGGAGAGCGAUGACCAAGAGAUUAGUGGCUCCGUUUCGCCAGAGGAGGCAAAGACCACGCUGAAGCCGAAGGAUAUGGCCACUGUCUAUAAGAACGCCAUGGACAAUAUUAAGCCCUGUGUUGAAAAAUCCUACCUGCCAAAGUCUGCGAGAACCGGAAAUUCUGUGCCAUCCUUCCACAUAAAUGAACCUGUCGAAAUCACUCUGUUAUCUCCACUUAAGGAGAUCAGGAGCAGCAAUAUUGUCCCCCUGCCGCCGCUCCAGCUGCCCAAGCAUUUCACGCAGCACACCCAGUGCGUAUGCGACGAGAAUCUGCUGCCGCAGCAGAUCCACGCCCAUUGGUGGCGCCAAGACAUCGCAAUCCACACCAAGCCCCCUGACAGCGAUCCCCUGUCCAACUUUGCCAUCACCUAUGUGCAGUUCCUCAACAAGCAGUCCUUGGGCCUCGUACAGUAUCCGCUGCCCAACACCAGCACGGAGCGCUGUCUGCUGCGGGAGAUCCUCUUCAUGUUUAUCAGUCCCGUCAGCUGUUGCUUCUUUGUGGUGGAUGAGGAGCGACGCAUCAGCGUGCGCCAGAAUACCAGCAUCUGCAGUGUGACAGCGGAGGGCCUGAAAGAAACGCUGGACACGCACCUGGUGCCUGCCAUGGAGGAUAUGAAGCAGCUGCGUCAGACCAUAGACAAGCUGACACUGCGCCACAACGGGCAGAACAUUAUCGGCACUCUGGAGUGCUUUGCCAAUGGCCUGCGCGAUCUGGUGCGCCCGAUCAAGGAGGCGCUGCUUGCCUACGAGGAACGCGUGCUCAGCGAGGAGCCCGUCUCGCUCAUCCACUUCAUCCGGCACAUGAACAAGCACUUUCGGAUGCUCCAGCUGCUCCGCCUAAUGUGCAGCAAGGCCGUCCUGCCGUCGGGGCCGCCGCACCUGAUGUGCGCCCAUCUCCUGUCGCAGCUCUACCAGCAGACGCGGCUGCAUGUGCCGCACCAGAAGCUGGCCAUCGCCCUGCUGCUGGUCUCGCUAAACACCUACUGCAACAUCUUCGAUGGCUGGUGGCGCCGGGCCAAGCUGGAGGACCGGCAGGCCCAGUUCAUUGUGGAGCGAUGGAUACCUGAGUGCGAGGAUGCGGGCGCGGAGUGGGACGCGAGGGUGCUUGUCCGCCAGCGGCGGCUAGCGGAGGAUGAAAGCGAAGAGAACCGCCAGAUUUUUAAGAAACUGCAAAGCUGUCCCUUCUACCUGCUGCUCCUCGAGCAUUCCCUCACGUCCAGUGAGACACAGGAGCUGCUGGCAAGCGUCAAUCUGCUGGGCGACAUGCUGGCCACCACCAACGAGAUCCGUUCCCGCUCCCUCUACGACGAGCUCCACUCCCAACUCUUCGUGCAGCUGCGCGUUUACGGCGGGGCGACGCAGCAGUCCCCAGGCACAGAUGGGGACACACAGAUGGGGAGCAGUCGGGAACACACAGGGGAAGAGCAGUCGGAGCAGCAUGCCUUUGAGCAGAAGCUUCUCAGCAGCGUCGGGGACAUUGAGAAUCCGGAUCUGCUGGCAGUGCUCACCCAGUCGGUCAGGAAGAAGCAGCAGGAACGAGAUAAGCAGCAGGGGCAGCAGCGACGGCAGCCACCGGCUCAGGCGGGGGCAGUGCUGGAACGACUGGAGGGCGCCACGCGAAUGCGGGUAAAGGACGUGCUUUCAGAGGCCCUCAGGGAGAUACUGCUGCGCCGCCAGUCGCUGGCCAAUAAGUUUGCGAUCAAGACCAUAAACGUUGACCUGCAGCUGGGCGAGAGUGUGCGAUUCCUGCGCCACGUGCUGCUGCUGGAGGCCGACCAUCUGCUGCGUCCAUAUUACACGAAGCUCUUUCGCGAUAUCGAGGCGGGUCUGAGCUGGGCUCAAGUCUCGGUGAUGAACAUGGAGCUGUACGACCUGCUCGCGCCCCAAUAUGCGCAGAUGGCUGGUCGCGCCUCGGUCAGGAUCAUAUCGCAGGUGCGCUCCACCUCCACCAAGGUGUACGAGGCUGUGGAGGCCAUCGAGAUGGUGUUCGAUUCGUUUGAGCACGUGCAGAGGAUCGUGACGCCGUCGAACCUGCAGACGUACAAUUCGGUGUGGCGCCUGAUGCUGAAAGUGAAGUGGGCCGCCUGGAAGCUGGAGAAUAUGGUCUUCAUUCGGCGUCCGCGCAGGGACAUGUACGAGCCGCUGGACAUGGUCGGCCUGAUCGUUCGCCGACUGGAGAUUCUGCGUUUCUGGCUCAUGUAUCUGAUCAACAGUCUGCACACGCACAUUAUGCAGGUCGUGGGCCACCAGUUCGAGCCGCAGAUCGACAAGUGCCACAACAUCCGGGAGCUGAGCUCUCUGCAUGAGCAGUAUAUGCUGCUGCUGUCCAGCCACUGCCUGCUCACCGAGGAGACGGCUGCUUUUCGCAUUGCCCUCGAGCAGCUCUUCCAUUUGAUAUUCGUUCUGGACAUGGAAUGGACCAGUUGCUCCAGCUACCUGGCCGACUCCCAUCCACUCGCCCUGGAUGUGUCCAGCGAUGCCAACGACGAUGACGAAGGCAUCGCCAAGGGCCUGCAGUACUUGGCCCUCAACCAAGUGACGGAGAUUGAGAUGACCUACAUACGUUGCCAUCAGACACUGGCCGAGAUUCUCAACAAUUUGGUCUACAAGCAUGAUCAUAAUUUCCUGACCGCGUUGGAGUCGGCUAUUAACACAAGUGUACCCUACUAAUGGAAUGGAAUCUUCAUAGAAUCUUCUUCCCCUUAAUCGCCGGAUAUCCGACUGUCAUGAGAAUGGAUUGAAUCUCUGCCCUCGAGGAAUUUUAUUCCUUUUAAAACUAAAACUGAAUUGAAAUUGAAACCGAAACCGAAAUUGUUGAAACUCCUAAGUUCUUAAGCUUCCCCACUGAUUACAAGUUUAC